GUAUAUACAAGACACUGAAGAGAUGUUCUGUUGACAUGCUAUGACGACCGUUCAUCUCGACUCAACGACAACAUGGAACAUUCUUGGCGAUUAAUUCAUCGAUGUAAUACCAUGAUAAGAAUUCUAAUAGCUUAUAUACUUGUUAUUUUGACUGUGUGUGUCUUAAAUAAACUAAGAUUUGUUUUAGAAUUCAACGUAUAUGACAAAAGACAUACAAACAGACCCAUUGGAUUUAACAGCUGGAAGUAUCAAGAGAAGUACUGCCAACACAAAAGACAAAAUACAAGUGGUGAUGACAUUCUGUGCAUGAAACCAUUUCAGUAUUUGCCAAAUUUUAAAAACCCUUGUUGGAGGGAUGUGAGCCAUACCAUUAAAUGUCUUCCAUACUUUAUGUUAAUUGGGAUAGACAAAUCUGGAACAACGGAUCUUUUCUCUAGAAUAACCAAACAUCCUGAAAUAAAGGGGAACACUGGGAACCAAGAAAAAGAAACAAAAUGGUGGAGCUGGUUGAGAUAUGGUUUCUGGUUAAGACAGAACGCAAAAAGACGACGACAAACCUUCUAUGAGUACAUAUCAUACUUUGAUUCGUCAGCAGCACAUAUACGCAACACUGUAAAUGAUCAAGGAUAUCAUAACUUGAUAACAGGUGAUGGCACUCCAAUGGAUAUGUGGGAUUAUAGAGGAUGGCCACAGAUACCACAAAAUCUACAUAAACCUGAUCCAGAAAUUCUUACUCCACAUCUAAUAAGACAUAUUAAUCCAGACAUGAAAUUUAUAAUUAUUUUACGAAAUCCAAUAGACAGAUUAUACUCGGACUACUUUUUCCUAAAACGUGGUGUUCCAACAAGUGCUGCAUUUGAUGUUGCUGUCAAUUCAUCUAUUCAGAUCCUUAAUGAAUGUACUCGUGUAAACAGUCUCCGAAGAUGCCUUUAUGAUGCAAAUCAUAUAUAUAAAUGGGUCGAAAAGGCUCGAAUAAAUGUUGGAUUCUAUAGUGUAUAUUUAUCAGAAUGGUUUAAAGUUUUCCCCAGAGAUCAGUUCUUAAUUUUAAGGACAGAAGAUUAUACCAAAGAUAUGUUCAAUCACAUGUCGAAACUAUUUAAAUUCCUUAAAGCAGGAGAAUUAAAUAUAAAGCAAAUGAAUGAUUUGGGAAUUUUGUCAAAGAAUCGUAAACAUGUAACAAAAGUAAAACAGAAAGUUGCACCAAUGUCACAUGUAACCAGAAAAAAAUUAUUAGAAUUAUAUACGCCAUUUAAUAAGGAGCUUUCAGCUAUGCUAAAUGAUUCACGUUUUCUGUGGAAAGACAUUUAA